GCACGCGGCAGCGCAGCCGGGCUCUUCUCUGCGCCUGCGCGUCUCUGCUCCGCUGCUCGCUCGCCCGCAGCUGCCGCCAUCGUGAUGGAGUCCCCGGUGCCCGAUGCUGCUGCCGCCGCCGCCGCCGCCGCCCUCCGGUGGGGCCUCGACGGGCCGGAGCUGGAGGAGGAGGAAGAAGAGGAAGAGUCGGAGCCGGAGGAGCGGGAAGCUGCUGCUGCCGGCCCGGGCCAGGCCCGCCGGCGAGGAGGAGGAGGCGGCCGCGGGGACUUCGCUCCUGGGUUUGUCUUCGCGGAGAAGGAGGCCUUCGCGGGGCCCGGCGGGGGGGCCUGGGCCGAGGUCCUGGGCCAGCUCAAGAGCCAGAGAACAGCCACCAGUCUGGAUGAGAAGAUCGCCACCGUCAGGAGGAAGCGCCGAGCUCAGGAAAAGCAGACCAAACAAGGGGCAGUAAAAGAUGCUGGGCAGCCGACAUGUGGGGACACGGACAAGGUGAACACUGGAGGCAGCGAGGAGGAGGAGGAGGAAGCGGAAUCUGAGGACUUCUCCGCAGACGAGAGCAUCUUUGCAAAAGCUGAUACGCUGAAGGUGAAGGAGCGGCGGAAACGGAAGCGAGGCGGAGAGGAGGAAGAAGCCGAGCAGUUCUUUGGAGAAGAUGCCUCGCAGUAUGACGACAGCCUCUCCUUUCAAGACAUGAGCCUCUCCCGGCCCUUGCUGAAGGCCAUCACCGCCUUGGGCUUCAAGCAGCCGACCCCCAUCCAGAAGGCCUGCAUCCCCGUGGGGCUGCUGGGCAAGGAUGUCUGCGCGUGUGCAGCCACCGGGACCGGGAAGACAGCAGCCUUCGUCCUGCCCGUCCUGGAGCGCCUGAUCUACAAGCCGCGGCAGGCCCCCGUGACCCGGGUGCUGGUCCUGGUGCCGACCCGCGAGCUGGGCAUCCAAGUGCACGCCGUCACGAAGCAGCUGGCGCAGUUCAGCAGCGUCACCGCCUGCCUGGCCGUGGGCGGUCUGGACCUGAAGACGCAGGAAGCGGCGCUCCGCGCGGGCCCCGACAUCCUCAUCGCCACCCCGGGGCGCCUCAUCGACCACCUGCACAACUGCCCGUCCUUCCACCUGGGCAGCAUUGAGGUCCUCAUCUUGGACGAGGCUGACCGGAUGCUGGACGAGUACUUUGAGGAGCAGAUGAAGGAGAUCAUCCGGCUGUGCACUCGCCAUCGCCAGACGAUGCUCUUUUCUGCCACCAUGACGGACGAGGUGAAGGACUUGGCCUCCGUCUCCCUGAAGAAUCCUGUCCGCAUCUUCGUGAACAGCAACACGGACGUGGCCCCCUUUCUGCGCCAGGAGUUUGUCCGCAUCCGUCCCAAUCGGGAGGGGGACAGGGAAGCCAUUGUGGCAGCCCUGCUGGCGCGGACCUUCCCGGACCACGUGAUGCUCUUCACCCAGACCAAGAAGCAGGCGCACCGCCUGCACAUCCUGCUGGGGCUGAUGGGCCUCUCUGUGGGCGAGCUGCACGGGAACCUCUCGCAGGCGCAGCGGCUGGAGGCUCUCCGGCGCUUCAAGGACGAGCAGAUCGAUGUCUUGGUGGCCACAGACGUUGCAGCACGAGGGCUCGACAUCGGAGGCGUCCAAACGGUGAUCAACUUCACCAUGCCCAACACGGCCAAGCACUACGUUCACCGCGUGGGGCGCACGGCACGAGCAGGCCGCGUGGGGCGCUCCGUCUCCCUGGUGGGCGAGGAAGAGCGCCGGAUGCUGAAGGAGAUUGUCAAGGCCGCCAAGACCCCCGUCAAGGCCAGGGUCCUCCCCCAGGAUGUGAUCCUGCGUUUCCGGGAGAAGAUUGAGAAGCUGGAGCCAGACGUGUCUGCCGUGCUGCGCCUGGAGCAGGAGGAGCGGGAGACGCAGCGCUCCGAGGCACAGAUCAAGACUGCCAAGCAGAAGCUGGAGCCGGGCCCCCAGGAGGCAGCAGAGGGGGCCCCGCGCAGCUGGUUCCAGAGUCGGGAGGAGAGGAAGAAGGAGAAGCUGGCCAUGGCCCUGCAGGAGUUUGACUUGGCCCUGCGAGGGAAGAAGAGGAGGAAGAAGUUUGUGAAGGAUUCGCAGAAGAAGGCCCAGCUGACGCCCGAGGAGCGCUCCCAGUUUGAGGUCGUGAAAGCCCAGAUGUACGCGGAGCGCCUGGCCAAGAGGGACCGGCGAGCCAAGCGGGCUCGGGCCAUGCCGGAAGAGGCCGCGCGGGGCCCCCCCCCACGGCGCCCCAAGAAAGCCUCUGUGUUUGAUGAGGAGCUGACCAAUACAAGCAGGAAGGCACUGAAGCAGUACCGUGCGGGGCCUUCCUUUGAAGAGCGCAAGCGCCUGGGGCUCCCUGGAAGGAAGGCAGGAGGCUCCCUCCAAGCCUGCGCCAGAUACAAGCGGAGGAGAUGAGGAGGCAGGCGCUCCCCGGGUGGACGUGAUGGGUCUCUGCGAGCAGCUCUCCUUCCUGGCCACCGCAGGGCUCUGCUUCUGUGAACAGCAAGCUCAAUAAAUGGUGGGAAACACCAAGCCCGA